AUGGCAACAAUUAAGCCUAUCGAGGCUCGGUCGGUACAUCAAAUCCAGUCGGGUCAAGUCAUCGUUGACCUCUGUUCUGUGGUAAAGGAGUUAGUUGAGAAUAGUCUAGAUGCUGGAGCUACCUCUAUCGACGUGCGAUUCAAAAACAACGGCCUCGAUUUGAUAGAAAUCCAAGAUAAUGGUCACGGAAUCUCCCCCGAUAACUACGAGUCUCUGGCAUUGAAACAUUACACUUCCAAACUAUCCACCUUCGCUGACCUCACCUCCCUCCAAACCUUCGGCUUCCGCGGCGAAGCCCUAUCAUCACUAUGCGCCGUUUCAACUCUCAAGGUUGUUACAGCCGAAGCACACCAAGCUCCCAGAGCCUCAAAGCUGGAUUUUGAAUUUUCUGGAAAGCUCAAGAGUACGCAAGUGGUUGCUGGUCAGAAAGGGACUACCAUUUCUGUUGAAAACCUAUUCAAACCUCUGCCGGUUCGGCGGCGCGAAUUGGAGAAAAAUAUCAAAAGAGAAUAUGGAAAGGUCUUAGCCUUAUUACAUGCUUAUGCAUGUAUAAGUACCGGCGUCCGUUUUAACGUUAAAAAUCAGAUGUCAAAAGGGAAAAGCGCGGUGGUCUUUGCCACGAAAUCUAACCCCACAACGAGGGAGAAUAUUUCGAAUGUUUAUGGCGCGAAGACGCUUCUUGCCUUGAUGCCCCUUGACUUAGACCUAGAGUUUGAGCCGAGUUCAGCGGCUAAACGGUUCCAAGGCACAGGAGGAAAAUCCACUAACAAUAUAUUUGUUCAUGGCCACAUAUCUAAACCAAUAUUUGGGGAGGGAAGGCAAACACCUGAUCGCCAAAUGUUCUUUGCGAAUUCUCGGCCAUGUGGACUACCCCAGAUCGCGAAGGCCUUUAACGAGGUCUACAAAUCGUUCAAUUUAUCCCAAUCGCCGUUUAUUUUUGCGAACUUUGAAAUGGACACUGGUGCAUACGAUGUUAACGUCUCACCUGAUAAGCGAACCAUUUUACUGCAUGAUGCCGGCGCUCUAAUCGAAUCUUUAAAGGCAUCUCUUACUGAGCUAUUUGAAAAUCAAGACCAGACAGUUCCAGUUUCGCAGCUUGCGUCUAGCAAGCAAAAUGAGAUAAGGCCGAGAAAGGAAAGGACACCGCCAACUUCGGUUGAUGCAACGCAGGAUUUGGAGGAGCCAUCUGCUAUUGCAGGUUAUAGCCAGGGGUUAGGGCAGAACGAUGUUGUGGAACAUGAUGACCGGGAGACUGCUCAGACGCCUCAAUCAUCGAUGAAGGAAGCGCUCCAAAUGUUCGGCAGUGGCAGCAAAGACACUCAAACUCCUGAACAGACAAUCGAACACGACCCUGUUAUUCCCGAGUCUAGCGGCGUAUAUACCACACCCGGAAAUCCUUCUGAUAACAAAACUACGGAGAGUGAUAAAGGAUUAUCCCAGACACAAUCAACGCAGGAACAUCACAUCUCAAGUAGCCCCUCCUAUGGAACCCCGACCCACAAGCCCGGGGUGGUUCAGAAUGCCUUUGACCGAAUGCGAAUUAAUAGGCCUGCUGCAGAAAUGGCAACUAUCACGAUAGGGAACAAGACCUACCAAUCGACUAUCGGCAGAGAUCCUGUAAAACGGAGAUUAGAGAGUUAUCCAGGAUUGCAUAUGCACUCGCCAGCCUCGAAGACCAGAGCUAUAACUAUAAACAGGAGUAAGUUAAGCCGAAGCCUUCAGGCUUUUACCGCCCCAGGUACCCAACCCAACGAAGGUGAUCUGAGCGACGACGCCAUCGAGGACGAGAAUGGUGAGGAGGACGAGAAGGAUGUCAGCAUAGCAGGGUUAGAUGGUUCAAAUACCGAAGGGGAAGAGGAAGUUCAGGAUGAAGCUCCAGAAGGGGAUGACGAUGACGAGGAAGACAAUGCCAAUGAGCAUGAGGAGCACGAGGAGCAUGAAGAACGACAUGAGGUUCAAACGCUUCAGCACAGUCGAGAAUCCAGAUUAAAACGCGGUGACUCUCCUACCUCGGACUCCGAUGAAAGCUACAUUGAUGAUGAUGAAAGAAAGCACCGGGAAGACGCAAAGGUUGAUGAGCUAAUAAAAGCCGCGGAAAGCGCAUCAGCCGUCCCGUCAGAGAGGAAUAUCGAACGUGCAGAGAGAAUAGUUCGAAAACCUCGGAAGAAAGAUUCUACGCAUGAAUUGAUAUGCAAUGUGGAUACUUCCAUUGCGAACAUUGAGACCCAGAUCAAAACGCUUUAUGAAAGUAUCCAAUCUUUCAAAAAUGAACAUGUGGCUCACGGCCAAGAUGAGGCGGAUGAUGGUGACCAGCAGAUUGCGCCUGAAACGAAGUUGUCUCUGGCAGUAUCUAAAAAAGAUUUUGCUAAAAUGCGUAUAAUCGGACAAUUUAAUCUCGGCUUUAUCCUGGCGACAAGACCAGGUACCAAAAGAAAUGACGACCCUGCUUGUAUAGGGACUUCAGCCGAGCAAGACGAGCUGUUCAUCAUUGACCAACAUGCCUCUGAUGAGAAAUAUAACUUUGAACGACUCCAGGCUGAAACAACUGUGCAAAAUCAGAGGCUUGUUCAGCCAAAGUUACUCGACCUGACUGCCGUGGAAGAAGAAACCAUUAUCGAUAAUCUUGCAGCAUUGGAGAAGAAUGGAUUUAUCGUUGAAGUUGAUACAAGCGGUGACGAGCCCAUCGGUAGGCGAUGCAAGCUUAUCAGUCUACCGCUAAGCAAAGAAGUCGUUUUCAAUACCCGUGACUUGGAAGAGUUGAUUGUCUUGCUUGCUGAGUCGCCACAGCAUUCACAGGGUACUCCAGCGAAACGGUUAAGGAACGAAUUUGAUAGUGAUGCCGAAGGUGUUGGAGGUUCGGCUGCUGUCUCGUCUCCAUUCUCUGACCACCUCGUUCCACGCCCUAGCAAAGUGAGGAAAAUGUUUGCAAUGAGGGCCUGUCGAUCGAGUAUCAUGAUUGGAAAGAACCUUACUCAUCGACAGAUGGAGAAUGUGGUGAAACACAUGGGAAUGAUCGAUAAGCCAUGGAACUGUCCGCAUGGGCGGCCUACCAUGAGACAUCUAGUGAGCCUAGGACAGUGGAAUGAAUGGAGCGAAUGGAAUAGCCACGCAGAGCGUCGGUCUAUAGCUGGGAAGCGACCAAGGAGCAUAAAACAUAUAUGGGAGGAGUUUGUCGAAGAUUACAGCUCGUGA